AUAUCCCUUUUUCAUAUGAAAACAAAAGAUAUUUAUGGCUUUAAUUAUCUCCUCAUAUGCUUCCUUUCAAGUGAAGACCAAAUUCAACUUCUGAAACUCAACUUAUAAAAAUCAUCACUCUCUUUCUUGAAAACCAUCAUCAUUCAUCAACCAAAUUCAAGAUCCAUGAGGUCCAAAACUCAGUCUUCUCCCAUUAACUUCAAGCUCAUUGUCUUCUGUAUCUUCUUCCUCUCCAUUUUUCUUCUAGUUCUUUGGUCAAAUUUAUCAUCUUCUCAAUCAAAUUCAACUCCAACACCAAGAACCCACUUAUCAUCAUCAAAUUCAACCAUCUCAGAAACUGAUCAAGAUCAAGAACAAGAACUCGAACAAGAACAAGAAUCAGCAACAACCUUAACAACACCUACUUGUCCACCACUUCCCUUAACAUGCACCAAAACCCCACCAUCUUUAGCCAAUGCAUUAGUCCACUACGUAACCACAAACAUCACCCCACAACAAACCCUAAGUGAGAUCUCCAUCUCAUUAAAAGUCCUACAAAAGAAAUCCCCAUGCAAUUUCCUAGUCUUUGGUCUAGGUCACGACAGUCUCAUGUGGGCAUCUCUUAACCAUGGCGGCCGGACAGUUUUUCUCGAAGAAGACAAGUCAUGGAUCGAACAGAUCAAACAAAAACAGCCCAUGUUAGAAUCAUACCAUGUGAGUUACGACACCAAAGUACACCAAGCCGAUGGGUUAAUGGAGAAAGGAACCGGAGAUGAAGAAUGUAGAAUAGUAAGUGAUCCGAGAUCAUCUUCUUGUCAGCUUGCUUUAAAAAGCUUCCCUAGUGAUGUGUAUGAUACAGAAUGGGAUUUGAUAAUGGUGGACGCGCCGACUGGGUACCACGACGAGGCGCCGGGGAGAAUGACGGCGAUCUACACAGCGGGGUUAAUGGCGAGGAACAAAGAGAGCGGAGAAACUGAUGUGUUUGUUCAUGAUGUUGAUAGAGUUGUUGAAGAUAAAUUUUCUAAGGCAUUUCUUUGUGAAGGGUACUUAGUUGAACAAGAAGGAAGGUUAAGGCAUUUUAUUAUUCCUAGCCAUAGGACUCGUUUGGGCAGACCCUUUUGUCCUUGAAUUUAGAGUUUUCUUUCUCUCCUACAUAAUUUUAAUUUUAAAUCCAUGUUCACAUUUUAUUAAUUUUUUUUCUUUGGAGAUAUUUUUAUAAUAAAUUACAUGGGUAAUAGAGUGGUUUCUUGUGA